CGUCGCGCGCUUGUCAUCGGCGGCCUUCUGCGGGACGCCAUUUUGAAGUUGUUGUAUCCUGUGAGUUAGACGAGAAUUCUCGAGAGUUAUUUAAACGGUCUCGAACCGCCAAUCGUUAUCCAUUUAAAAACUUAUGCGUUAGAUCUGCUAACGCCUAUAUUUACAUAUUCAAAAGCCGCAGAUAAUGGACGAAAAAGCGAUUUGGAAGGAGCUCGACCAGUGGAUUGAACAGUUAAAUGACUGCAAGCAAUUAACGGAGAAUCAAGUCAAAACAUUAUGUGAUAAGGCAAAAGAAAUUUUAGCAAAAGAAUCGAAUGUACAAGAAGUGAAAUGUCCUGUGACCGUUUGCGGAGAUGUACAUGGUCAGUUCCAUGAUUUAAUGGAGUUGUUUAGAAUAGGAGGACGCAGCCCGGACACCAAUUAUUUAUUUAUGGGAGACUACGUCGACCGUGGUUAUUAUUCAGUAGAAACGGUGACGCUUUUGGUCGCCCUUAAAGUCCGUUAUAAAGAACGUAUAACCAUCUUGAGAGGAAACCACGAAUCGCGUCAAAUCACCCAAGUUUAUGGAUUUUACGACGAGUGCCUGCGCAAAUACGGCAACGCGAAUGUGUGGAAAUUUUUUACCGACCUUUUCGAUUAUCUGCCAUUAACAGCUCUCGUUGAUGGGCAAAUAUUUUGCUUGCACGGUGGACUCAGUCCUAGCAUUGACACUUUGGAUCACAUUCGAGCGCUUGAUCGUUUGCAAGAGGUACCACAUGAAGGUCCAAUGUGUGAUUUAUUAUGGUCUGAUCCCGACGAUCGUGGCGGUUGGGGUAUAUCACCAAGAGGAGCCGGUUACACCUUCGGUCAGGACAUAUCGGAAACUUUCAACCAUUCAAAUGGGUUAACACUUGUAUCGCGCGCCCACCAGCUCGUUAUGGAGGGUUAUAAUUGGUGUCAUGAUCGAAAUGUUGUCACCAUUUUUAGUGCUCCUAAUUAUUGCUAUCGUUGUGGAAAUCAAGCUGCUAUUAUGGAAUUAGAUGAUGCAUUAAAAUACUCAUUUUUGCAGUUUGAUCCGGCACCGCGUCGUGGAGAACCUCAUGUAACCCGCAGGACACCCGAUUACUUCCUUUAAGCAAAAUACGCGCGUGGCACAAGAAGCGGAUUUUUUUUGAUUAUUUAGAUUUCGGAACCGAUGCGAACGCAAUAUCAUAGAAGCUUAAGGGUUAUAUUCGCCGUCGUUGUCGUCGUUGUUCGUAAAAUCGUCCCUAAUUACUCCUCCUGUGUUUUUUUUUCUAUAAUUCUUUCAUUUUAAGUCCCUUUCCCUCCAAAAAAAUGUCAUCAACUUUGUAUUUUUUCCUUUUAUUUAAUGUAUAAUCUUAUUUUGCUAUUCCCCCAAGAAAAGAAGGUACAGAUGACAUUAAUAAUUAAAAAUGUAUGUUAACACGUGUCCUUGAAGUAUGUAUUAUUAUAAUGAAAGAUAAAAGUAAACGAACGGCGGCCCUAAGAUACGACUUUUUUUCUACACUAGGUCCGGCGUUGACCAAAUCUACUACAAUUUAAAAAAAUAAAUAAAUAUAACAUAUAUUGAACGUAGUUUAAGUUAAUGGAGAUAAAGUUAACAAAAAAUGGAAAGAAUAAAACCACAACUGUAUCCGUAUAGCGCGUCGUCGAUGUUUCUUUCCCCCUUUUCAUCCACAAAGUACUCCUCAUCAUCCCAUUAUUAAAAACAAAUCUUGUAUAAAAUAAGGUUGCUCUUAAAACGAUUUCUGGUAUUCUUUGGAUCAAUUUGUACAUACAUAAAUGCGAAAUAUGGUUUGUGUCCAAACUGCCUGGAAACCUCAACAUAGUAUUUCUUUGUUUCGUAAGCUAGGUUCUGUCUAUUUUUUGUAAUUUUCAAUUAUCUAUCCGUAGCGUGGCAGUUCAGUCAUGAACUGUAUUGUGUAUUUAAUUUUUUCCGUUACAAUUUCAAGUAAAUAAAUUAUACUUUGUUUCUUCGUA